AUGGUUUUGAAAAAUUCCAAAUGGGAUAAACAGGCAAAGUUCAAAUACUUGAAGAAACAUGGAUUACUUAAACCAAGGGAAGAAUUGAAUGAUAAAAAAGGUCAUGGACCGAAAUGGAGUGGGAAGAAUAAAUCAAGUAUUAAAGAAAAUGAUGAUAUCGGAUCGGAUAGUGAUUGGUCUGAAGAAGAUGAAGAGGUAUUAAAUGAAAUGUUUCCACAGUUGGGGAGCUCAGAACUCACCAAGGAACAAAGGGAAAAGGUGAAGGGACAAAUUUUGGAGCAAUUGUUAGAAGAACAAAAGCAAGAAGAAUUAUUACAUAGGAAAGAAGAAGCCACUAAAUAUGAUGAUGGGUUAUAUUUAGGGACCAUUAAGCAAACAGAAGAUGAAGAACAAGAAGAUAAACCUGCUCCAUUAACGUUAGAAGAAUUUGUUUCAAAAGAUAUUUCAACUGCCAAGAAAGUCAAUAGGAAACUCCCAAAAAAUAAAUUAAGUGAGAAUUUAUUAGAUGAAUAUGGGAUUGAUUCAUAUGCUGAUACAUUGAAAAAGACCCAAGAUGAUUAUAAUGAUGUUUAUUUAGCUAAACAACAGAAUAGACCUCUUUCUAAGAUUCUGACUGAAGAACUUAUUGAUUUCAAGAUUGGGGAAAGUACAUUGAAUGGUAAACCAAGAGGACUUGAUCGUAAUAAGAAAGCUGAUUCAAGACUACUUACAGAGAAGGAGAUUGAACAGGGACGAGAAUUAGAGAAAAAGGCUGAAUUGGCAGCAUUUUAUCGAUCAAUUAAGAAAAGAUUUGAUACGAAGGAAGGGAAUGAUAAACCCCCACAAAAAAUACUUGAAAUUAAUAAUUUGAAUGAAUUAGAUGAAGAUCAAGUUAAGAAAUUAGAAGAUAGAAUGGCCAAGGCAGCAAGAAAUGAAAAUAAGAACAGAAGAGAAUAUGGAUAUGAUGAUGAUUUAGAGGAAUUAAUUGGAGGGAGUGGAGAAGAUUAUGAAACGAAUAGGCUGCAAAAUCCAUUGAAUGAAAAAAAUGAUCUCGAUUCGUUAUUACAAGGAUUUUCAAUCAAGGAGAAUAAAGACAAGAUUACAGACAAGACUCAUGCAAAUUCCAAACCUAUAAUAUCGAAAAGUAUCCCACCUCCAUCUACAGAUGAAGACUUUCUUGAUUCGUUGUUAGAUUAG